CCGCCGCAGCCCCGCGCUUCCCGCCAUGCCUCGCGCCUGCCCCGCGCCGCCGGAAGUGACGCUGCUGCUGGCGGGGCGCGGUGAAAUGUUGCUCAUACACUGAGCUCCAUCUUGGAUUGUCUCGUUGCUCUGCGUUCAGAACUCCGUAAAAAGUAGGACGUCAAGAUGAAGAGCAGGGUGACACAAGUAAAUCAUGGUUCUGGUAAUGAAAGGAGGGAAAACUACAGUUCUCACCAAAGAAGUUUGUCUCCAGAGGACAGGGAUACAGAGCGUGACAGGUCUCCAUCUCCCAGGAGGAGAAAACACUGUGAUGACAGCAGAUAUGAUCAGGAAUAUUCUAGAAGGGAAUACUAUGAUGACAGAGCUUCAGAAGGAAGAAGGAUGGAAAGGGGGAGAGAGAGACACCAUGAAAAAUGGGAAGAGAGAGAAUCUGAUCGAAGGAAACAGAGAAGAUACUCGUCACCUGACCAUUGGAGUCCAGAGAGGUCAACAGGCCAGAGCUCACUUGCUCAUGAUGAGGCAACUUCAAAGAAGAAGAAAGAGGAAGUGGAUCCAAUCCUUACUCGUACAGGCGGUGCAUACAUUCCGCCUGCCAAGCUCAGGAUGAUGCAAGAGCAAAUUACUGAUAAAAACAGCUUGGCAUAUCAGAGGAUGAGUUGGGAAGCCCUUAAGAAGUCAAUCAAUGGUCUUGUCAAUAAAGUGAACGUUUCUAACAUAGAAAAUAUCAUUCAUGAGCUGCUUCAGGAAAAUAUUGUUCGUGGAAGGGGUUUGCUAUCUAGAUCCAUUUUGCAAGCUCAGAGUGCCUCUCCAAUUUUUACCCAUGUAUAUGCAGCUCUUGUGGCAAUUAUCAAUUCAAAGUUUCCAAAUAUUGGUGAAUUGAUUCUUAAGAGAUUGAUACUGAAUUUUCGCAAAGGAUAUCGAAGAAAUGAUAAGCAACUCUGUCUAACAUCUUCAAAAUUUGUUGCUCAUUUGAUGAAUCAGAAUGUGGCUCAUGAGGUUUUAUGUUUGGAAAUGCUCACUUUGCUUCUUGAAAGGCCUACUGAUGAUAGUAUUGAAGUAGCAAUUGGAUUUAUUAAAGAGAGUGGGCUCAAAUUAACAGAAGUUUCUCCUAGAGGUAUCAAUGCAAUCUUUGACCGUCUUCGACACAUUCUGCAUGAAUCUAAGAUUGAUAUGCGUGUUCAGUAUAUGAUAGAAGUCAUGUUUGCUGUACGGAAGGAUGGCUUCAAGGAUCAUCCCGUCAUUCCAGAGGGGUUAGAUCUAGUGGAAGAGGAGGACCAGUUUACACAUAUGUUGCCAUUAGAAGAUGACUACAACCCAGAGGAUGUUCUUAAUGUGUUCAAGAUGGAUCCGAACUUUAUGGAAAAUGAAGAGAAAUACAAAAUGCUGAAGAAAGAAAUUCUUGAUGAAGGUGACAGUGAAUCUGAAGCAGAUCAAGAGGGUGGAAGUAGUGAAGAAGAUGAAGAGGAGGAUGAAGAGGAGGAUGGAGAUGGUCAAAAAGUUACUGUCCACGACAAAACGGAAGUCAACCUGGUCUCGUUCCGUCGUACAAUUUAUCUUGCUAUUCAGUCAAGCUUAGACUUUGAAGAAUGUGCUCACAAAUUGUUGAAAAUGGACUUUCCUGAAAGCCAGACUAAAGAACUCUGCAACAUGAUACUUGACUGCUGUGCUCAGCAAAGAACGUAUGAGAAAUUCUUUGGGUUACUGGCAGGGCGAUUCUGCAUGUUAAAAAAAGAAUAUAUGGAAUCCUUUGAAGCUAUUUUCAAAGAACAAUAUGAUACCAUUCACCGUUUGGAAACAAACAAACUGAGGAAUGUUGCCAAAAUGUUUGCUCAUCUACUGUACACUGAUUCCAUUCCCUGGAGUGUCCUUGAAUGUAUAAUACUGAGUGAAGAAACUACUACAUCCUCCAGUAGAAUUUUUGUCAAAAUAUUCUUUCAGGAACUUAGUGAAUAUAUGGGACUUCCUAAUCUAAAUGCAAGAUUAAAAGAUGUAACAUUGCAGCCUUUCUUUGAGGGAUUAUUGCCUCGGGAUAACCCAAGAAACACUCGCUUUGCCAUAAAUUUCUUCACUUCUAUUGGACUUGGAGGACUAACGGAUGAAUUACGGGAGCAUCUUAAAAAUGCACCGAAGAUGAUAAUGACACAGAAACAAGAUGUUGAGUCAUCAGAUUCCUCUUCAUCUUCGGAGACAGACUCUUCAUCAGAUUCUGAUUCUGACAGCAGCAGUAGUAGCUCAGACUCAUCCAGCAGCAGUGACUCCUCAUCUAGCAGUGAUGACAGCAGUGACUCAGAUGUUCCUAAAGCCAAAAGAAAGAGAAUGCAAAAGAAAAAUAGAGAAUCUGAGAAAGUUUCCAGGAAAAGGCAAGAAAAGAGAAGGAAGUCACCUGAAAAGAAGAUGGGAAGGAGGCAGCAAGAGGAAAGAAGUGAUACUGAGGACAAAUCAGAAAGAAAUCAUAGAAGUGUGAGAGAAUCACACAGGAGGGAUGAUAUAUCAAGAUAUCAUCACAGAGAUGGGUCCAAUGACAGAGACAGUUACCAUAGUGGAAAGGAUAAGAACCACGAAAGAAGUAAGGAUCUAGAAAAUAAACACAGUAAUUCAAGACCGAAGAAAGCAGAGAGAAAAGCUUCUUUUUCUGAUGAUGAAAAUUACAGACACUGGAGCAAAGAUAAUGGACAUCGCAGUAGAAAAAGAGAAAGAUCAAAAUCUGGAGAGAGGGGCCAUAAUAAUUCAAGUCCAAGAGAGGAGGAACAAGAAGAGCGAUACAGAAAUGGUUCAGAGAAGCACCGAGAGAAGUACAGCCGGUACUCUGAGCAGUACAGAGAGUCCAGAAGGAACGAGGACAGAUGGAGGGAGAAUUCCCCACACAGACGAAAAUAGCACCUAACGAGUGUUGGAAAUUAGUGUGCAUUUCUGAGCUGUUAAAACUGUAUUUUAAAGCCUGUUGCUGAACUUUCUUUAAAAAGAAAAGAUUUUGUACAAAGUGAUAGUUUGCAUUUGUAAAUUUUAUCAGAUUUUUUCAAAUUUUCAGUACCACUUUUUUAUAACUGUAGCAUUGAGUCUUUCUGUUAAAUUCUUCCUUUGGAAAGAAGCAGUUGUUUAUUUUGUGAAUAAAACCAUUAAGAUCUCAGAAAAAAUGAGUGGUUUUGUCACUAGUUUCAAGUAUUUGUAAGUGUAACUUCAUAGUCUAAAAAUCAUUGGUUUCUAACUUUGUUUGUUAAUUGAUAGGCAGAUACUGAGGCUAGGGGGACAGAUGCAAAAUUUUCAGAUUACAAUGUGAAUGUUACAUGAGAAGGCUUUAUAAAAAAUGUUCAAGCAUCAGCAUGAAUGCUUUGACAUUCUAUAGAUGUAUAUUCUCUCAACUUUACAAACAUGAAAGUGAGUUUGACUGAACUUUUCAGGAAAUAUUUCAGUUUAUUUUUUAUCUUGAAGAGUUAAAAAUUGGGAAAGCAAUAGUGCUGUUUAAAAUGUCACAUUUGAAAGUAUGUCAACUUGUUCUGUUACUUUUCACAGUGUUUUUUAAUAUUGCUAACAUCCUGAGCUAGUUUAACUUGUGAUCUUAGAGAUCGGGAAAAAAAUCAGGGUUGUUUGUUUUCUUUUUCCAACUAUGAAUUUGAUUUUUAAGUCACAGACUUCAACUCUAACCCUACAAAGGAAGUGUUUAAAGAACAUCUUUCCCAGUGUUUGUGUGCGUGUGUGUGUGUGUAUAUAUAUAUAUAAAAAUCAAAAUAAGAGGUGCUCAAAAUGUUUUUAUAUGUUUUGAACUGCAUGUCUUGAAGUGCUCAAGUUUAUGGGAAGCAAAGUUUGCCAAAAAACAUUCAGCUGCUACAGCAGUUUAUAUUAUAAAUUUUCCUACCUGGAGUUGUUUGAAGUACUUAGCUGAGCAUUCAUGGUAUUAGUAAUGAAUCAUGUGGUUAAGGCUAUAUCUCUUCAGUAAAUAAGGAAAAUUUUGAAUAAAUGGAAAUACAUUAAAACAAUAAAUGUGGGAACAAAAUAUUUUUUAAAAAAUAAAACAUUUUAUUUCAGAAAUGCUAAUUAGGAAAUGUGAGCUUAAACAUCUCCAGUUCUUUGUGUUGUUUCAUACUAGCUGAUAAAAAUAUUAUGCUCUCUGGUGAGAAAAGGAGAGGGUGAAAUUAGGACUUGAGCUGAGUCCUUAGCUGCAUUUACAGUUUCAUGGUGAUUUGGGGCUUUUUUUAAUUUUCAGAAAU